AUGCUGCGCGGCCUGCUGCGGCGCCUGCUGCCGCCGCUAGCGGCGCUCAGCGCGGCCUUCCUCUUCGUGAAGCUGCAGGCCCAACAGCAGGAGGUUGCCACCUCUCCCUCGCUUGAUUCUCCCGUGCCCGUGCUCACUGUACGCCUCGCAAUCCCCCUCCAACCGAUACCGCCGUAUCUUCCGUCGCCUAACUCGUCUCUAAUUCCCCGUCUAAUUCGUGCGCAGCAGGACGCGCUGCCCUCCACAAGCAGCCUCUUGGCCCAGUAUUUACCUGGCGACCUGCUGAGCAGCCCCUUCAAUGCGUCGGAGGUGGCCGCCGCCUUCGCGCAGCCCACGGACUGGGGCGCCAUCGGUCUGGCGCUGGAGGCGGCCGUUGUGGCCACGUUCCAAUGCCUAAAGCUCUGGGCGACCUUCCUGAUGCUUGUAGCAGUGCCGCUACUGCAGGGUCUGGCUGUGGUGGGCGAGGCGGCGCUGCCCCACUGCCUUGCUGCGUCGAAAGUGGCGGCCGACUACGUGAGCAGGAUGGACCCGCUGCACCAGGCGAUCCUGGCGCUGUCCGUGCUGUUCCUGGUCGUCUGUGUGCGUCAGGGCUACUUCCACAAGGCGCGCGUGCAGUACGUGAGGACGCGGCGGUUGCUGGAGCUCCGGUACCGCGCGUUUGUCGCCAGUCUCAGCGCCAAGUGGCGCGUGGUGGCGAUUCUACUGCCCCAUGUGCUGUUCUUCGCGCUGAGCUACGAGGCGCUCUACUGGCUGCCGCGCCCCAUGACGGACGUGCUGAGUAGCGAGCCGCUGUUCGGACUGCUGUCGGUCGGUUACCCGCUGCUGCACACGAUCGGAGUCAUCAGGCAGAAGCGGCUCUACCCGAAGCACACCAAGACGACCCCACCCGCGUCCAGACCAGAAGCCACCAGUGAGUUGAUCAAGAAGUUUGAGAAGAUCAGCAUCCCGGACUACGAGUGGAGGGCGUACGAGGCGUGCCUCAAGUACUGGGUCAUCUGGUCCGUGGCGGCGUGCUCGAUCGGCAUGGUCACGCUCUUCCUGCCGGCCUUCGUGACGUCCUUCUUCACGGUGCCGCUGCACUUCUGCAACAUUUUCCUCAUCUGGAUGCACUCGCCGUUCACGCGUGGCGACAUCGCUCUCUACACGAUGCUGAGCCCGCUCAUCAGUCCGUACGCGAACCGGAUCCACGAGCGCGAGGCGGAAGUCAACGCGGAUGCCGAAGAGAAGACGAACUUCCUCAUCCGCCUGCUCGUAUCGUUCCGCGUGGUGCCCGAGCGACACGUGCACUUGGCGAAGGACUUGUGGUCCCAGGGCCCGGCGCUCUUCGGCCUCAUCUUCAUGUUCACGCCAGGCUUCGUGGCGUCUCGCGGCUGCUCGCUCAUGGGCUUCGGAUUCCCCGCCUACGUCACGAUCGGAGUGCUGGGCGAGAAGCGGACGCGGCGCUACGAGUGGUGGCUCGCGUACUUCAGCGUGGCCGUCACUGUCGACUACCUCAUCACCGCGAUCGGACGAGAGAUCGGGUGGCUCCCGCUGUUCUACCACGCGAAGCUGCUGGUGAUGAUGUGGCUCCAGUUUCCGUACUUCCAGGGCGCGGAGCGGAUUUUCAACGCUUGCUUCUCGAGCGUCUUCAUAGUUCCAGAGCGCAAAGACGAUUGA